AUCAGUAGCAGACAGAUUUGGAGUAUCCAAAGAUACCGUUUGGAAAACUAUAUUUGAAGUUAUGAUGGUACUCACUGCAGACGCUCAGAGGUACAUUAAAUGGCCUGAACCUCAUGCAAUGGUACAUUUUAAACGUGAAUUUCGUCAAUUAAGUGGCUUCCCUGGGACAAUUGGAGCAAUUGAUGGCUGUCAUAUAGCUAUAAACGCACCAAUUGAAAAUUCAGAUAGUUAUAUUAACCGUAAAGGUUUCCACUCGAUAGUACUACAAGGCAUUUGUGACUAUAAAUUACGAUUUAUAGAUGUAUUUACGGGUAUAUGUGGUAGUGUUCAUGAUGCUAGAGUUUGGCGUUUAAGUGAUAUCAGACAAUUAAUAACUAACGAUGAAAAUAGAUACUUUCAAAAUCAAUACCAUUUGUUAGGUGAUUCAGCAUAUCCUUUAUCAAGAUAUAUGUUAACACCUUAUCGAGAUAAUGGUCAUUUAAAUAAUACACAACGAAAUUUUAACACUAACCACUCAAAAACACGUGUAGUCAUUGAGCGUACAUUUGGGAUUCUAAAAGCAAGAUUUCGAAAAUUAAAAUACGUUUAUAUGUAUAAUACAGAAAUGAUUCCCUUGGUUAUCCUUAGUUGUUGUAUCUUACAUAACAUAUGUAUAGAAAAUGAGGAUGCACCUAUAGAAGAUGAACCAAUAGAACUUAAUCCCAUGGAAAUGCUAAUUAAUAACGAAGUUGUAUUUAUGAACGGUGCAGAAAAAAGAGAUGAAAUUUCUCAUUUAUUGUAA